UCAACGCCUGUAUAAUUGUACCUAACUGUUAUUCCCUAUUCAUGUCAUGGAGUGGAAUGGUAUUGCUAAUAGCUGAAGUAACUUAGAACAAAUUUUCAUUUUAGAAGACGAAUCACUUAGAGAGACCCUGUUCUGCUUCCAGUGACUCGAAACAUGUCACGCCGCCUCUGACAGUUGCAACAACAACAUCUUUGACAUUCCAUCGCGAGCUUCGUUUAUCACAUAUAAUUGUGCUUUUUGCUGCACUUGGGCAUUGUCUUGGCUUUGGAACGUACCAUAUCAUAGUACAUGAUCUUGGAUUAUGGUAUGGAUAUGUGACUGUUUGCUUGACGUAUCCAGUAGACCAUAUUAAAACAACAUGCAUAAGCUUGCAGACGACAGUUUGUGAGCAUAUCAAACUCUUUGAAGGUGAUAGCUGAUGUAGACAGUUGUCUAAACCAAUCAACCAUGUCCUGGCGGGAGCCGAUCUUGCCUAUAGCCGAUGUAGUUCUCCGUGUGCCACCACUGUUUGUUAUGGACUCUGUGCUGAAUGGAUCCUUCUUCACAUUACCCAUUAUAACAACAAGCAUCCCUUUGCUGACUAUAGCUGUGUCUGUAUCUUUUAUAGCAGCUUUGGCGCUAUUUUGUCUGAGUGCGAAACAACUUCUAGAUGUUUACAACUAUUUGGUGUCUACAGCUAUUCUCUGUGUUUCUGCUUGGUGGAAUCUGCAGUAUUUGGUAGAGAGCAAAGCAUCUUUGGCUGACCAACCAGAGGCAACGGGUGCCUGGUACCUGAUAAACAAAAUGACUGUUAUUAGUGCCUCACAUAGUGAGAAUGGAAAUCAACAACGAGGCAACUUUGGCAUGAAUUUUGCAAUACAACUGAGCUUGGCACUUAUAUUUGUUCUUCUGCGAUCACAAGGCCCACUUUUCAGAAUGAUGCGAAACAGUCCUAUGGGAGUUUCUAUGUUCCAAGGUAGUGUGUAUAUAUCACUGACAUUGCCCAUCAUCUGUGGAGCAGAAGUAGGAUUAUCUUGGCAGUUGCCUCUUCUGGCUGUGGGCUUACCAACAGUGUACAUGCUAGUGGAGCUGUUUCUGUACUAUCCUUACAUUGUGAGAAGCCUCUCAGAUGGCUAUAGUCUGGGAUCACAAGCUAUCCGCACCUAUGGUAUUCAGGUCUUCAUAGAAGGACAAUGGAUUCGUCUUCACAUUCCAGUUGUGCUGCAGACAUUUUGGUUGACAAGAUGUGCCUGCCAUGUAGUGUUUUAUGCCUGGGUGGAAAUGUAUGAGACAUACCUAGAAAGUGGUGAAAUUGACUAUUUCAAUGCAGAUUUGUGGACUGUGGUAGGAAAACAGUCCCUUAUCCGUGGAUGUGAAACCAUCAUUGCUGUGCUGGGACUAACCAGUCUUGUUUCUUACAUAGCUCAUUACAUUGGAAUAUUCAUGGCUUUCUGCAUUUGUUCCAACAAUGAAGAAGACAAGAACAUGGGAACAGUGUCUGCCAUUUUAUUCUUCAUUCUAGCCCUACAAACUGGCUUGACAAGCCUGGAACCCGAGAAACGUCUGGUCCGACUUUACCGUAAUUUCUGUCUUCUGUUUACAGCCUUGUUGCACUUUGUUCACAGCAUGGUCAAUCCAUUACUGCUGUCUUUGAGUGCUUCAAGAAAUCAGUCAGUCAGUCGCCAUGUUCGAGUAUUGACUAUGUGCUUAUUUUUGGUAAUUUUCCCUGCCUGGCUGCUGUUUUAUCUAUGGUCAGACAAUUCUGUCAGCACAUGGCUGUUAGCAGUAACAGCUUUUAGUGUAGAGGUCAUCAUUAAAGUCGCAUUUUCUCUCAUGGUGUAUUUGCUCUUCCUGAUUGAUGCUUACCGAGAUGGAUUCUGGGAGAAACUUGAUGAUUAUGUGUACUAUGUCAAAUCUGCAGGCAGUACUAUUGAAUUUCUGUUUGGCAUUUUCCUCUUUUGUAAUGGCGGCUGGAUUAUGAUUUUUGAGUCCGGUGGAACAAUCCGUGCCAUAAUGAUGUGUAUUCAUGCAUAUUUUAACAUAUGGUUACAAGCAAAAAAAGGCUGGCAGAUAUUUAUAAAGCGUCGAACUGCCGUUCAAAAAAUUAACUCUUUGCCAGAGGCCAGUAGAGAGCAACUGGAGGAGGUAAAUGAUAUAUGUGCUAUUUGCUAUUCAGAACUGAACUCUGCACGAAUUACGCGCUGCCGUCAUUUUUUCCAUGGAGUGUGCCUGCGGAAAUGGCUGUAUGUCCAAGAUCGCUGUCCUCUUUGUCACGAACUGAUCUAUGCCCCAGAGCAGAAUGAGCUGGACUCGCCUUCUAGUCCAGAUGGGUCCAGGGCUGGGAGUGAGGGUGGGGAACAGAGACUCCCUGCAGGAAGGAGAGACGAGAAUAAUACUCCAGCUGAGAGUGAGCAGAGGGAGACAGAGGAAGAGGAGGAGGAGGAGACGAGCUGGGAGGACUUUGAGCUGGAGGAAGAGGUGGUCAUAGCUCAAGCAGAGCUCAUACUGGCUCAACACUUCUCAGACCAUAUGCAAUCCUCUGGAGCUGAUGAGGAAUGUGUGAGAACAGAUACACCUGUGAUAUUGGGUCAUUCUAGCCAUACAGACUCAACCCCCCCAAGCUCCAGUCUAGAGUAUGUUCAGGGUAUGGCUAGUUCCCCAGGCACAGGUAACACAGCUAGUUCACAUCUUAACACACAGACAGAAAGGAGCAAUGAUCAUUUGAAAACAGACAUAAAUACUCAAUAUAACACAGAUGGCAGUAUCAGCUAAGGCUGGUGGUUACCACCAGAUAGAUGGAGGAGAAAACUUAAAUGUGUUGUAUAAUUGGUGCUUGUUGAUUAGUUCUCCAGUCUAAGCCCUCUUGCCACAGUGAUAAUUCAUGUUAGCAUGUCUAGCAGCUGUGAUACACGCAUAUCUCGUUGCUAAUGGCUGGCUCGAUUUGGAGCUUAUGGAAUUGGGAAAAAGUCCUCUGGUAGUUCUUCCUUUCCUGCUUGAUUCCCAAAGCUUUUACUAGCUUUCAGAAGCAGAGUAGACAGAAGGUAUACAUGGUUCUGGAAAAAAAUAACAAAUCCAGUUGGCCUUAGAUCUAAAGUAAGCCCUAUUCCCUGGCCAACAGGUAAUCCCUCUUCCGCUGAAGGAGGCUACUUCCCUUCACAAAACAACCCCAGAUUUGCUCUUAUAACAGGUGCAUUUGGUUGGAUUGGGACAUUCACAUGACAAGUCUGCAUGGCACCAAGUCUGUUGUAUGUUGCAGUUUCAUGUAUGAUGUGUAUGUUCUGCUCACAGUGACAUGCAUGUACAGACUAUGAUUAGGUGUUACAUCACUCUCCUGAUGAUGGCCAAAUAAAAUGCCGAAAUAUUGAGUCACAGUGAAGUCUUUUUUCAGAGUUAUGCUACUUGUGUGUUAGGUGUUACUAUAGAACUUGUAAAACCGUAAGCAACAGGUCAGAAAUUGAGAAUAGUGAGUGGCCACUUAAGUAAGAUAUUUACAUGUGCUUACUAUGUACAUCUGUGCAUGUACCGUACAUAUGUGUAUGCAAUUACUGUGUAUAAUACUAUUUUGUAGCCACACCCAUUGUCAGAUUUAAUGGAAGAUGAGUUUUCAAGGAGCAGUGUACAUCCUUAACUUUGCAAACAUCAAAAUCAUUCCCUACUGUGCUUUUCCAAAAUGCUGUGUGUACUUUCUGUUCACUUGUUAUUGUGGAGCUUUCUGGUGAUUAAAUUCAGGUCUGUUUACAUUUCUGAUUUUCAAGUACAGGUGCGAGAAUGAUAAAUUCUUUCUGUGCUAGAGAUGGCUUGUAAUAAAAGAUCUCUCUCAUGUUAGGUUUUCCUAAUGCAAGGGUUGCUAAUAAGCAUGCAUAUUUUGGUAAUUUACAAGACUUUUCUACAUUCAUGUAUUGCUAGUUGGGUCUCCUUUAUGUAGGUACCCAAUGCAAUUACCUGUUACGUUUCAAAAAUGAAAAUGAUAAAAGAAAGGAGCAAGGAGCCUUAUAAAGCAUAAAUUCCCAUUUUAUUUUAUAUUUAUGUCAAAGAAAAUAUGCUUUGUGUGUUUAAAGUAACAUUAAGACCAGCUAUUUUUAUAUCAAUUAUUGUUAGUAAUAUUGUUACAAAAAAUAAAUUGUUUGGAUAUUUGUGGUUAAAAAAGGACAAACUUCUCUUUAUUCAGUGGCAAGACAAAGAUUAUCAAGCUGUUUUUAGUAACAUAUAACAAAUGGCAAACAAUGAAUAAUUUGCAUUCAUAGAAACAAGAAACAAAUGCAUUUUUUGUUGUUUUGUUGUUUUUUUUUUUGUCAUUACUGGCCCCCCAAAAAACUUUGUGACAUUUUAGUAACAUUUUCUGGAAGGUAAAAAGUAAAUAGUUUUGGCUAUUUGUAGUAAUAUUUAUUUUAUUUGCUGGCGAGAAAAAAAUCUUGGUUGUGGUGCAGCAACAGACCACUUUUGUUGUUGAGAUACCAUUUGAGAUUUCGGCAAGCAGGGUGUUAUAGAUUUUUCUUGUUAAUGUUAGCAUGUUUUCCAAGAGUGACGUCCUUAAUCCCUUCAUAUUUUAUAAAUGUUAAAGUCUUCCAUGUUGUUGACAGUAAAUUAAAAAAAGGUCUUUUUUGUUUCUAUAAAUAGCUGAAUAACUUUUUUUCUUGCUGUUGAAUAGAACAAAUUUUUUUUUGUACCAUGAAUAACCAAAUUGUUUUUUGGUGUGAUGUUACUAAAUAUAAUGGAAGUAAAAAUAGUUAUUCUUUAUGUUACUUUACGUGGAAAAAAUAUUUUCUCUUUUUAAAAAAAGAUGGAAAUGUCCACAAAAAGACUUUGUAAGGAAGUCUGCUUUUUCCUCCUCAGCAUGAAGAUGCUAAGAGGGUAUUCGUGACUUCUACAUGUGCCUUUUUACCUUUUCAAAUUUAUAUUUUGCAUAGUAAUCCAUUGAACAUACAUAAGUUUUUGUAAUCGCUAUAUCUCUGAAGGUAUUGAAAAGGAAAUUUAUGAAAUAUUCCAGGCGGAGUAGUGCUGCAAUGCAACUGCUGUUAUUUUCGAUAUGAUCUAAAUAAUUUAUUAUUGUGCCAGACUGAUUAAAUCUGCCUAUUGUGUCACAUUAGUUGGAAAUGAGAUGAAAUCAAAUUUGAUAUUGUAGUCAUGAACUGUUCAUUGAGUCUGAUAGUCAUACUACACCUUUGGUACAGGGCAAAGACACAAACUGUACGUGUACAAUCUCUGGAAAAAAAAUCUUAUUCUUCCUAGCUUUGGCCAGAAUUUCUUUGCUGAGGAUAACAGCUAACAGAAAUAAUGGCCAUCGAAAAAGAUAAGGAAUUUAAAACAAUCAGUAUUAUGAAAAAAUAAAUAAAUAAAUUGCAUUAUAAGCCUACUAAAAACUUUAAGAGUAGGGCCCUGUCAUUUUUUUUUCAUUGGAAUAGUUUUAAUGAUGGCUUUAAGAAAGACUAUGGACAGUCCACUCAAAUUAUUUUAGAAUAGCCCAAAUAUUCUCAUUUCACAAAAUACCGGCCACAUCUUUGCAUGUACAACCAUUUAAAAUAGGUAAUAAGCCCGUGAGAUUUAUAACCUGGGUGGUUUUACAGGUUUUUCAAACUUUAGAAUCAAAGAUAAAUAAAUAAAAAUUUGAUUAGCAAAUAUGGAUUUUUGCCAAAAAUAUCUGGUAUGCCCUCUGUAAGCUUUAGACAUGCUCUAGUAUUCAUCAACAUCCUCUUGUGUAUCAUUUGUAUAUAUGUUAUGUUUCAGAAUAGAUGGCUCUGUUUAUAUUUUUUUUGUUUGCUAAUUUAUUUUAUUGUUUUUUGUCAAUAGACUUAAGACAAAGGUAAAUAUAUUGUAUGCAUGUAAGUGCUAUAGAGAUCAGUACUAUAAUAACCCAUAUUGCUAGUUAAAUUAUGAUUCAGUUAUAGACAUUUUGCUUGUACAUGUUCUUAACCCUUGUGAAAAAUUCCACAAUUUAAUAUUAACAUAUGUGAAGAUGACGCCCAAGAGAACCGUUUUGUGUAAAAUGGGGUGGCAGUUUAGUAAGGACUUGUUACUAAAUGGUAGAAGUUAAUAAUUAUUGUUACUCGGUUGUAAAUUCAGAAAAACUGACAUUAUCUUCAAAUUAUGGCACAUAUACAUGUAGAGUACUGUUGCAUUGAAUGUACCAUGAUUAUGGUCUUUUGUUUCCUGAUGUAAAAAAAAUCUUUCAAACAUUCCUGGAACUGCAGUGCAUCUAGAAUUACAAAUUAAUAUAAUCAUUUAUGAAAUCUUGAAAUUUGAACUCAUUUUUCUUGAAAGCUGCUAAAUUAUUUUGAGAUGUAUGAUAACAAAGAAAGAGCUCAAAAAUAUUCCUGUAUCUGCACUUUUGACUGGGCUGUUGCCAAGCCUAUCUUCUGUGGCCCAAUAUAUUUCUUAUAUUCGCCUUCCUUGAAGAAGGUAAUAAUGACGCUGGAAAGAUUUUACAUCUACGACAGGUGAAAGUUGGCUUUGAACACAUCCAGAUUUAUGCUGAUUAUGUGAUAUUGAUUGUAGCCUCUAAAUUCACAUGAGUCAAGAUGGUGUUUUCACAGCUGUUUAUCUGCGAAAUAUAAGAUAUAACCAAACAGUGAUUAGGUACGACUUCAUACGACAUGCACAGAAAUAUGUCUCUGCAGGGAGUUCAUGAAGGGUGGAUGUGUUGACUCCUGAAAUGUGGUACAUACCGUCGCUGUAUGUUCUUGUUUGUAGCAUUUGCGUCAUUGUUGGAUGUCUCAGUUGUUUGCACAAUGCUGUGCCAGGUGUAUCCAAAGGGGGUGCCUACUAUAUCUCCUGUCUAGUUCAAACUGCACACCUGAUACCACUGACAUAGGUUAUUAUGAUAUUGUAUAAAGUGGAUAUAUUUAUUGGGGAAAUCAGAAAUACAUGUCUUGAGCAUUUACUGAUACCUGUGACUAACACCGUGUUAUAUUCAUCCCAGCUGAUAUGAGGGCUGUGAAGUUCGAAUAUCAAGAGAGGUGUUUUCGACUAAUUAAACGUGAUAGCU